AUUUUUAAAAAAAACAAAAAAAGGGAAUAUGAAUAAAAAGGCUCUGGUUUUAAAGGAUGGCAGCUUAUUUUUAAAAACAGGGCAAAGAGAGUGCAUUUAUAAGGAUCAAGGGGCAGGCAAGGUGCGUCGCACUUCUAAAAACACUUAGGGAGAACACUGUAAUGUGAAGUUUGUGUAUAUGUAUGUGAGCAAACAUUGUUUCAAUUAUAGGUUGCAGUAUUAGCAUGAAGGCAUUGACUCAUCUUAGGAUAAUAGUCAAAAUUUUGCUGCUGCAAAAUGCCUGCCUUAAGGAAAGCCAAGUACAAACCAUUUACUAAAGAAAUUAUUACAAAGGGAUAUGGUUUUAAUACACCACAAGAUGGUUCUGUGUGCAAAAUAAAAAUAAUUCUUGAUGAAAAAAAUGUUAUUACUGAACUAAAUGAUUCCAACGAAAAGGAGAUAGUCGUAGGAGAUGUUGAUGAACCAGUAGACAGAAUAUUAGAAGAUUGUAUCCGUACUAUGAAGGAAGAAGAAGUUUGUUCCCUACUGUUUCUGCACCCUUGUCUCAAUGACGACUCUUCCAUACCAGAAGAUUCAGUGGUUGAAGCAACAGCAGUUGAAAAUGAUGAAAAUAAAAGUGAAGACGUCAAAGAUCCCACUUCAUCGGAUCAAAAUUCAACUGAAGCCAUUGAUGAAAAUGUAGAAACACAGGAUGACUGUAAAAAAGAUGAUCAGUCUUUGGAAGUGACCAAAGCUCCAGAAUCUGUUUCUAGUCCUGAGGAAACUCUACAAGAGAAACUAAAAAACAUUAAAAACCUUUCAAAUGCAGUUGAAAUUCAUUUUCAGCUUUUGUCUUAUACAAGAGAACCUGAAAUAUGGGAAAUGAGCAUAACUGAGAAAUGGCGCAGAGCAAGUUAUCAUAAGCAAAGGGGAUUGGAAUUAUAUUCUAGAGGCGCAUAUCAGUAUGCUUUUCGUCGUUUUGGCUUGACCCUCAAAUAUGUUAUAUCCUUGGAACAUGAUGUACCAUCAAUGCAAGAAGAAGGGAUGGAUAUUAAAGGAUUGAAACUUUCUUGCUAUCUUAAUGUUGCUGCUUGCCAAAUGAGACAUCAUAAUUAUGAUUCGGUUGUAAUUAAUUCAUCUAAAGCUUUAAAGCUGCAGCCCAACAAUGCCAAAGCUUUAUAUAGGCGUGGCUCUGCUUAUGUGCAGUUGCAAGAAUAUGAAAAAGCUAAGGAUGAUUUGGACAUUGCACAGCAACUUGAACCUAAAAACCAAGCAAUCGCAAAACAACAACAGCUACUAAAAAGCCAAGUUCAGAAGCUUAAUCAAUAUUAUGCUAGUGCUAUGAAAAAAUAUUUCUCAUAAUUUAACGGUAGGUAGAAUUAAAAAAAAAUAAAAAUGUUAAUAGAAGUGUGUAUAUUUUUAAAUGUCUGUACUCAACUUAGAAAAUUUGGUUGCCAUUUUCAUAAGUUAUAUUAUACAUAAUAUUCAUAUUCACAUUAAGUAAAAGAAAAGUUUUAUUAACUUAGUAAGAUUAGUUAUGGAAUCUAUUUAAAGUUUAAAACAAAUAUGUUAUAUAAUAUAUUUGUGAAACAUAGAUAUCUGCUCUUUUUAAUCAUCAUGCUUUGGCAAAUGGCUAGGUGUAAAGAGUUGUUUCCUUUUUGUAGAUUGUUUAUCUACCUUAUAAGAUGAGAUAAACUAGGUGUUAAAAUGUGACUUACUAUGUGUAUAAUCGCCAGAGAGUUAAUGUAGUAUAAAAUACUGGAGCUUAGCUUUUGAUAUAUUAAAGAAGAAAUUUGAAAUUAUUUAAAAAUUAAUGCUGUGUUAUUAUGCAAUUACAUUGUUUGCAUUUCUGCAUGCAUUUUCUACCUAACUUUUAUGUAUAUAAUAUUCUGAGAAUUUUUUUAUUAUAUUUUUGCAAAAAAAAGCGUAACAAUUUGAGUCAACAAUAUCAAGAUAUUAUAAAAUCAAUCAGUUUUCUUCCUUUUAUGUUUAAUACAUGACAUUUUGAAUAUUUAAAAAAAAAUAUACUCAAAUGGAAGAAAAAGAUUUAAUUUCACUAAAAUAUCGGGCACUGAUCACAAUUUUUUUUUUACACCAGGAUAUCAGGGCAUCUGGAAUUUUUAGAUCUCUGAUUUUAAUCAUAAUUUUAUUCCAUAAAAACGAUUUUAUAAUUAUUUUUGAAAAAGAAAUCCAAAGUUUUGAAGGUUUUAGGUUGGGGAGAAAAAUAGUAUUUUUUGUAACAAUUGUUGUUAAAGAAAGCAUGCAGAUAAUGAAAGCAAAAAACUUUUUAUUUAUAAGUUUUCUCUGUUUAGCAUAAUUCUAUUUAAUUUGGAAAAUUUUUUAGGAGCUAAUUAAACAUAAAAUAUUGCUGAUAUUUACUAUAUACAUAUUCAAUGCAAAUACAUAUAUCUAUAUACCACAUACAUGUAUAUAUAUUCAAUAUUAGAAAGCACUAUUUUUGCAGAUAUAUUCAUGUAAGCUGAUGACGACUUUAUAUCUUUUCAUUGUUAUAUUUUCUAAUUUUAAUUAAUUUUAUUAAUUUCUCAAUUUUAUUAGUAUUUUAAUUUUAUAAUUUUUUUCUCUUUAAUAUAUUUUUUUCUCUGUAUUUCUAUUUUAUAUAUACAUGUCAAAGCUAUUAUCUUAAACUUCCUUUUAGGCAUAUGUAGUUAAAAUCCCAUUGGAAAUAAAUAAAUGUAGCCUAGCAAUUAAUAAACCUUACUGUGAUUAAUUUAGGUCCUGAGUCUGCAUGAAAUUUUUUUGCUCCCUUUACCCGAAAAAAAAAUUGUGCUUCAAAAUGCUUAUAAUUAGGGUCCAUUUAGUAGAGUGUGCUUUAAAGUAAUAUAAUACUAUCUUAAAAAAAUCGUGUUUUAUAACCGGCAUUGAACAGCUGACCAAAUUCUGAGAUUUUACGACUAUCAAUGUUCAACUCCGUAGCUUUGAAAUUUUGAACCCAAACCAAAAGACAAGAGAACUUCUGGAUCAAGCCUUGGUGCUAACAAACUUUUGCAAAGGAGUUUUUGAUGAAACUAACCCGCAUUUGGGUUACAUUGAUAGAUUAAACCACGUAAACCUUAGUCCGUUGGCAAGGGGAUUCUAAAUCAUGAUUCGUUUAAUACUGAGAAUACUUUAUGUCGGCAAUGUAGUCAGUGCGAGCCGGGAGCAGAAUUUGCUUCAGCCAGCCAUUGCUGGGAUUUGAACCUAAGUUAAUUCAUAUGGAGGCAAACGCUUUUUUCCCCGAGUCACCAUGGCUGUAAGAAUACUUUUUGACAUCAGAAUAUUUUAUUACAAUGUGUAAUUUUGAGCCACUUCGAAGCAAUGCCAUGGGCCCUACAGUCCCAUAUGAUAGUCAAACCUCUUAAAGUAAGAAGGAUUCAUAUGUUAUAUUAAAAGUUAAAA